AACUGGGCGGCCUUGAUGGUUGGCGCAAACCCCUUGUACGUGAUAUGCAAGUAUAUCUUGGGUAUCAAAAGGAAUGGGAACCUACGAUUCAACCGUACCGAUACUUCACCUAGAGUAUGAAGAUACGGUUAAUCCUUACUCUCAUAGAUUACAAAAAAAAAACUACGGAAUUGGUGCUAGUCACUGGCACCAGUCCAUUCAUGGUGAAUCAGAAACCGCAAACCAAACUAUACAAACUAGUCAGAAUCCCUUUUUAUACCAAAUAUAAACCCAUACCGUG